AUGUCUACAUCCAAACCAUCUAAAGAAUUAUCAGAAAUAUCUUUUGAUUUUGAUCCAUCAGAUGAAAAUAGUAAUGUUACUUAUUACGAUGAUUUAUAUUUCGAUUCAGAUAUUUCCGAAUAUAAUACUGAAGGUGAAGGCGAAAGUAAUAUAGAAAAAGGAUCUACUACUAAUUUUACAGUCGGAAAAAAGGAAAAUUUAGAGAAUAAACGAAAAAAUCAAAAGAAAAAAUUAUCACCCGAUGAAUUAUUGUAUGAUCCUCAUAUGGAUGAAGAUGAUGAAAGGUGGUUAGAAAAUAAAAUAACUCAAUAUAAUAAUCCCUCAACAAAGGCGGAAAAGAAUAAAAAUAGUAAUAAUUCCCCGGAUAUUAUUUCAGGCACUGAUGCAAUAAUCUCAUGUCCCAUGUGUUUUACUAAUUUAAGUUAUCAUACUCAAAGACAUGAAAUAUACGUACAUCAAUAUCGAGCAAUAUUUGUUGAAAAUUGUAAUGUAAUUCAAUCAGAACAGUUGAUUUAUCAAGAUAGACCUCUGUGUGCGAUUUGUGGAACAAAGGUGGCAGUUAUAGAUCAAGAAGAAGUUUAUCAUUUCUUUAAUAUCAUCGAGUCAUGA